AUGGAUGUAAAAGUGCAUGUAAAGACAGUUAUACAGGCAUUGAAGCAGCUUGAGAAAGACCUGCACAAGCCCAUAUAUAUCCCUCCAAGUGUAAGAACUAGGAAGAUGCCUAAGAAAUUCAGAAGAAUGACGGCAGUUGCUAAGUGUGUUAUUCUAGGAAUUAUUGAAGAUAUCUAUCGGCUUCAUAGACAUGGGUUGUCCCUCAAUGGCAAGUUCACACUAGAUAACUUCUACUGGACUCAUCUUAAGAAGGUUAAGUUUGAUCUCGCUCUGAAAUUAGUUGUAUGCAAGAGGGAGAGAAAUGAAAUGAUCAACGAUUUUCAUCAGAUUAUUAUGGAGAUAUUGUCUUUUCAUGAUAGUGGUUUGCCUGUACCAAAUGAUCUGCAGAGUCUUCUUGACCUGUUGAAUUAUGAUGACCUUGUUAAGGACCAAGAAAUUAUACGCUACAAUAUAUCCUUGCUGAGCGAGAUUAGGAAAAAAGUCAUUUCAUCACUUUAUAUGACAGAUUACAAUAGCAGAUCCUUGAAGAUGAGGAAAGGGAACCUCAGGAAGAAAAGAAAUCUAAGAUAG